CCUCCGCUCUCCACCGACAGUGAUGAAGCCUUCCGCCCUCCAGACUCCGAGGCGAUCUCCGCGGCCGGCGGUCCACGGCGGCGGACGGCCGAAGGAAACCCCUCCACAGCCUCCGAAGAUCGUCUCCAGACGCUUGAGCUUCCCCUUCUCGACGGUCCCGGAGGAAACCCUCGAAGACUGCGGCGAUCUGUUGGAUUUUUCCCCUGAGGCGAGCAGCAUCGUCGAGGAUCCGACGGAGAUCGAAUCGGAGGAGGAAGGAUCUCACGGAUCCUCCAACAUCAUCGUGAGGACUGCGACGGAGCAGGAGAUUCGACCGGAGGAGGAGUUGGUGGAUCGACUGCGGAAGGCUCUGCGCGAACUGAUGGAGUCGACGGACGCCAACGGCCGAUCGGAGACGCUUCUGUGCGCUCUCCUGGAGGCGAUCGAAGGCGAGAGAGAUCCGCGGUGGGAUUCAGCGUUUUGCAGGAAGGUAAGGAUAAGCAUCAUAUGUUUCCUUAUUCUUCUGGCGGCCGCGAUCAACUUGUUGGUUGUUUGGGCGGCGGUGAUCGACGGCGGCGAUCGGUGGGAUUUCUCCGACCUCCCUCCACCAACCUGAGAUCAACUGCGCACCGAUCACUCUUCUCUUCUCUCUCUUGCACACAUAUGCAUUUUUCCUUUUUUAUUCGGUUUUUCCCUAUCAUUCACAGAGAUUUUGAUAUUGGAAUUCGAUGUCGAAUUGCAAUUUUAUAGAUGCAUCACUCUUCUCUUCUCUCUCUUGCACACAUAUGCAUUUUCCUUUUGUUUUUUUGGUUUUUCCCUUUCAUUCACAGAGAGAUUCUGUUAUUGGAAUUCGAUGUCUAAUUGCAAUUUUAUAGAUGCAUGUUAUUUCACA